AUGGCAAUCGACUAUAGUAAAUGGGACAAACUUGAGUUGAGCGAUGACAGUGAUAUUGAAGGUUCGUUUGCGUUUGACUUGGCCAAGUUUAUUCAUCCCAAUGUUGAUAAAAAAUCAUUUAUUCGCUGGCGCCAACGCGACAUUCACGAGAAGCGUUCUAUAAGGAAACAAAAGAUGGAAGAUAUUAAGAGUGCAGUAACAAUAAAUCAAAAACUAAAGGAUCGUAUUGCUCAAAUGUAUUCCUAUCUUCAAAAGGAUUCCCCUUCGGAACCUUUGCCUUACCUUUCUUCAUUCUUGCAAUCUAAAAGACAAGAGGAUUCCGAGCAGGCUAUAGAAGGAGGCAUGUCUUAUCAUCAGAUGUUGGUUGCCCUUUUGGAUUCCAUUAACAAGUCUAUUGAAGAGGAACAAAAUACUUCGUUAGGCCUUACCGAGCAAUAUAUCAAGCAUCUUCAAGGUCAUGAGAAACGCCUUGACAAUUUGAUGAUUAAUGCCCAGAGAGAAUACGAUGAACUUGAAUCUGAGAGCAAAAAGCAUAUUACUUCAGAAGAUUUGCACAUCGGAUUUGACAGCACACAUGUCCAAAAGAAAGAACAAGAAAAGAAAAAGAAACAGAAAGAACCUGUUCAGGUUAUCGAAUCUCUUAAUGAUCCUAGCCCAUCUUCUCUCCAAGAAAAUGCCUCCCCAGCUCAGUCUUCAUCUGUCGCUGCUAAUACCGAUGAAGGAGAAUCUGAUUCGGAUAGUGUUUCAAUGUCUGUUGAGGGAAACAAAUUUUCUCAAAUUGCUUUCGGUGAUUACGUUGCUUCUGAGUCUUUCUUAAAGGAUCAUCUUCAUUUACUAGCUCAGGAGUCAGAAUCGGAUUCAAUUUUGCUUGAGGCAUUCAACGCUGAACUGGAGGGUAAGCCCUGGUUAGCUAAGCAAUUUGUCCACCAAGCAUUAUUGCUCAAUUAUUGCCGACAACUUGGCCCUGGUGGAAUCACAAUAUUCUUUCAACGUGUACAAGAUCCCAAUCACCAAGCUCGUCGCUUGUUCUUGGAGGAUGUUCAAAAUACAUAUAGCCGUAUUCAUGAACGUAGCCACGCUAUGGCAAAUGAACAAGCUCAAAAUGGAGAAGGUGUUGAGCAAAUUCAACUCUGUUCUGUGGAUCCGAAUACCAAACUGUCUAUAAUAAUUCCGGAGAAAGGCGCCGCAGAACCUGAGAUGAAAGCUGCGCGAGUGACUUUUGAGUCAUUUCCCCCUAAUCUCCAAAAGGCUUUGGAAACUAACAAUCUCGAUAAAAUCAAUGCUGUCCUUGGUAAAAUGUCCGUUGAAGAUGCAGAAGAGGUUGUUGAAAAACUUAGCAGCACUGGCAUGCUUAGUAUUGAAGAAGGAAUAAUAGAUACCACUAAAGGUGAAACAAUUCCCCAAUCUACCAUUGAAUAA